CUCGCUGCUCACACGCACAUGCCUCCCCUCCCCAGGCCGAGGCCCAGCUGACCCCCAGGGCUCCCCCCCGGCAGCGGACAGGGAAGGGUUAAAGGCCCCCAGCUCCCUGCCCCCUGCCCUGGGGAAUCCCUGCCCUGUGGGGACAUGAACAGUGUUUGCUGCCUGGUCCUGGUCGCUCUGAGCCUGUGGCCGGAUAGAGCUGCUGCCCCGGGGCCACCGCCGGGCCCCCCACGGGCCUCCCCAGACCCUCGGGCCGAGCUGGACAGCGCCGUCCUCCUGACCCGCUCUCUCCUGGCGGACACUCGACAGCUUGCUGCGCAGCUGAGAGACAAAUUUCCAGCCGACGGAGACCACAACCUGGACUCUCUUCCCACCUUGGCCAUGAGUGCAGGGGCGCUGGGAGCCCUACAGCUCCCAGGUGUGCUGACGCGGCUGCGGGCAGACCUGUUCUCCUACCUGCGGCACGUGCAGUGGCUGCGGCGGGCGGGCGGCCCUUCCUUGCGGACCCUGGAGCCGGAGCUGGGCGCCCUGCAGGCCCGGCUGGACAGACUGCUGCGCCGGCUGCAGCUCCUGAUGUCCCGCCUGGCCUUACCCCAAGCACCCCCAGACCCACCAGCUCCCCCACUGGCCCCCCCAGCCUCCGCCUGGGGGGGCAUCAGGGCAGCCCACGCCAUUCUUGGGGGGUUGCACCUGACCCUUGACUGGGCCGUGCGGGGCUUGCUGCUGCUGAAGACUCGGUUGUGACCAGCUACACAGAACCGCCAACGUCCUUCGAUGCCACAUCUUAUUUAUUUAUUUAUUUGGGGACUAGGGGCAUGGAGGUCAGGAGAUACCCCCCUCUUCUUCUCCCCCUAAUUAGAGACGGUCCCUCCAGGAGACCUGGGCAGAAGAGGGAGGGCAUCUGUGCCUUAUUUAUACUUAUUUAUUUAAGGGCGUGGGUGGGAGGUGGGUGGGCUUGGGGACCAAAGGGUGAGGGAACUGGAGUCCUGGAUUCUUGAAUCUCUAAGACGUCUGGCCACAGUGUUUCCCUGUUCCCCACGCCUCUGGGCCUAGGCAGGAGCAUAUAUUAUUUAUUAAACAAUUACUUUUUGUGUUGGGGUGGGGAGGGAAGGGAAAAGAGGCCUGGGUUUUUGUACAAAAUGCAAGAAACUUUUGUACGAUACAGAAGGGGGAAUUAAAUUUGUCAUACACAUCCACUUAGAGGUGAUUUCUCUGAGGGCUGGGGGCUGGAGUAGAGGGAGGCAGGGACCCUUAGUGGGCAGGACAGCAGAGGGGAGAUGGUUGGUCCUCCAGGGCAGGGUCUGAGCCUCAUCUGGUGCACAGCACUUCAUAGACUCUCAAUAAAUAUUUAAUAGAAGGUUCCAGAA